CCUCAUAGUGAACCUAUGUGUAUCUUGUCGUGUCAGGUGGUCCAGGCCGGCACGCUGUACCUGCGCAUGCCGGGCGUGCUGGCGGCCGGCAGCAAGGAGAGCUUCAUGCUGCUGCUCGACUUCGCCGAGGAGCGCCUGGGCUGUAACAACUGCAUCAUUUGCGUCCUGAAGAGCCGGCCUGACCGCGCGACCAUUCUCCGCACCUUCAUGUUCAUGGGCUUCCAGCUGCUAGCCCCCAACUCUCCGCUCAUGCCGCAGGAGAUCACCAACCCAGAAUAUAUAUUCUUACACUACAACAUGCAGUAACUCCCAACCGAGUUACCCCCUAAUCGGAUACAGUAAAGAUAUAUACUCGUAAGAUAGUUUGUCAAGGUUGAAACUUUCGAGUUGUUGUGACAACACUUUUGAAAAGACUUGUCUGAACAUCUGUCUGUCAUGUCUACUUUGAAUUUGUGUGGACUUUGCUCAAGUCUUGCUUUCUAAAACAUCUAUUAAAAAUUGUUCACACAUAUUAAAUGGUACGGACUCGUAAAAUCGCUGCCUUCACCUUAAUCUAAACUGGUGUGGAUAUUUGCUUGGUCUUGUAAAAACAGCUUUCAGACAAUCGUGUAAAGUUGAAUUUUCAGUAUUGAAAAUGUCUAUAUCUAGGGUUGUCACAAAGCAGACGUUUUAUAUUUCCUUCAUAGGAAUUUAACGUCUUUUUCCGAAUCGGGGGUAACUCGAAAGUUUCGAGAUUGCAUGUAGUAACGUUUAAUAUAGGAACAGUAUUUGAAAAGUUGCACUUUUUCAUAUUAAAUAUUAUCACUGGGCUUGCAUAGUAUGGCGUCAACAAGUCUGUAGAAUUAGAUUUUAGUAGAUAUAUUAUAAUUGUAUUAAUAAUUCGAAUUCCUUUUUUUUAACAGCGAGUUUUUAACUCGAGAUGAAAUUCAAGGGAUGAAGUGCCAACCCUAGUACAAUUCU